GAAUGGUGACGUCAGUUACCUUCGAGCAAGACGGAAGUGUGUCUGUUCUGUCCGUGACUGAAGUGUCUUUUAAGCCACAGCACCGAGAGAAGACUAGCAAAUUAGGACUCUGCUGCGAGAAAUGGAAGAUUUAAACUUGUAUAACGUUUUGGGAGUAACAAAAAAUGCUUCCAGUAGUGAAAUCAAAAAGGCUUUUAACAAGUUAGCAAAGGAAUAUCACCCUGAUAAAAAUCCAAAUGCCGGAGACAAGUUCAAAGAAAUCAAUUAUGCCCAUGAAGUUCUUUCCAACCCUGAAAAAAGAAGAAUUUAUGAUCAUUAUGGUAUCCAAGGCUUACAAGAAGGCGUUGGUUCAGGAUCAUUUCCAUUUAGGGAUAUGUUUGGGGGUAUUUUUGACAUGGGUUUUAUGGGUAGUCAUCAUCGACAUAGUCGUCAUCGAGGAGAAGAUGCUUUUCACAAAUUAAGAGUAAACUUAGAAGAUUUUUACAAUGGUAAAACUUCUAAACUGCAAUUAUCUAGAACUGUCGUUUGUAAAAAAUGUCAAGGAAUUGGAGGUAAACCUGGUUCAGUAAUGACUUGUCGUGGUUGCCAUGGCAGGCGAAUUAAGAAAAGUAUGCGCCAGCUAGGACCUGGUAUGGUACAAGAAAUACAGAGUACUUGUUCAGAAUGUAAUGGUGAAGGAAAUUACAUUAAUGAGAAAGAUAGGUGUAAAGAAUGCUCAGGACGCAAAGUGGUCAACGAAGACAAGAUUUUAGAAGUGCAUAUAGACAAAGGCAUGAAAGACGGCCAGAAAGUCUGGUUUAGGGGAGAAGGAGACCAAUUACCCAACAUUGAACCAGGUGAUGUCAUAAUUAUUUUGACUCAAGGUGAACAUAAACAGUUUUCUAGAGAUGGAGAAAACCUUUUGUACAAACAUACUUUGGGUUUAACUGAGGCCCUCUGUGGUUUUGAAUUUGUAUUGACUCAUCUUGACAAACGAGAAUUAAUUAUUAAGAAUGCUCCAGGAGAUAUUAUUCAACCAGGAACUACCAAGGUUGUGAAAGGAGAAGGAAUGCCAAUUUAUAGAAAUCCUUUUGAAAAAGGAGAUUUAUUCAUUACAUUCGAUGUAGAAUUUCCGUCAAAUAAUUUUCUGGAUCCUACAAGAAUGAUUGAUUUAGAGAAUUUGUUACCCAGCUAUACUAAAGUAGAUAUUCCUAUGGAAAGUGAUAAUGUGGAAGAAGUUACAUUGGUUGAGUAUGAUGCUUCCAUGAGAAAUGCUUCUCGCAGAAAUGAAGUUUAUGAUGAAGAUGAUGAUGCUCAUGGUGGCCGUGGUCCCCAGAUGCAGUGUGCACAUCAAUAAUGUAUGUGUUAUAUAUGAUAUGUACUGUAUUUUUUUUUUUACUGUAACUACAAAUCAUUGUAAAUUCCUAUAUGAACUUAUUUGGUUAUAUAUGACUCACUUAACUCUCAUUUUCCCAAUCCCUCAAGAAAAAUGAUAAAAGAAUGAAACAAAAUAUUUUUUUUUUUUUUUUUUUUUAAAUAAAUCUCAAAUAAAAGUUAUAGUAUUAAAAUUCUGACUGACCUUUUUCUUCCCCAUUGUAUUUCUUUUCAUGUUUUGAAGAAACCUUGUUGUAAAUUCCAAUAUUUGAUAACUUUUAAAUUGUUGUUAGUUAACUAGCUAUGAAAGUGUGAAUUUAUUAACUCUUUACACUUUAGAAACAUUAGUAAAACACUACAAAACAAGUUUCUAUUUUUAAUAAUUCUUAACCAUUGCUUUAACGUUAUAUCCAGUGUUAACUCUAGGCUAGACACCUGUACAAAAGCAGGUUAAACAUUCCUGUUAUAUAUUUCAGUAAAAUCAGAAAAUUACACAGAACAAAAUACAUAUACUUUACAUUUAGACUGAUGGUCCAAAAAGAUUCUGAAGUCUCAGUGUCCCAUGCAUUUUGUCUUUGUCUAUCCUUAUAGCAUGUACUUUCACAAUAGACAAACAGAACAUCCUAUUAUAUUGUUAUUGCAGAUUUAAUAUAGUUACAUCAACUUGAUUGAUUUUUAACUGUGAUAUUUACUCCAUAAGAGCAAGUUAUACUAAGCAAAUUCAUUCCUGUACUUUUCAGAUGCAACAUUUAACAAUGUCCAUUGCCCGUUUAUGCAAGUAAUUUCCAUUUCACCACAUAUUGGUUAAUGAUAAUCUUGUGUUAGUGACUAUUUUUCCAAUUAAUGUCUACGGACGAACAAAGUUAUAUGGAAUAUGGUCCUGCCCAUGCCAUCAUGGCAAACGGAUGUUAAAUGAUGUGAAUAUUUAACAGAACCUGUUUCAACCUAUAUAUACUGAAAUAAAUCUGCAGCACUGAGAACCCCUUUGUUGCUCUAAAGAACAAAGCAUGCUUACAUAGACAGCAGUUUUGCAUUUGCAUACAAUGCGGUGUAAGAAAUUAUCAGUCCAGUUCUUCUAAAGUUGCCUGGCAUACACAAAGCAAGUUCUGAACAGUUGAAACAUAUGCAACAUGUUCUGAUUGCCAAGUUGUAUUCUGCACAAAUAUAUUAGUAAAUAAAAUGUGACUUGCGACCAGACUAUAAUAUAUCUAGCAAGAUACAGGUUCCACUCUGUGCCAAAGUUCUGGUUAAACUGAGCUGAUGGGGAUGACUCAACUUUAACAACACAAAUAGAUUUGUGUGUGUCUUGUUUUUCUUUUAAUUAUAAUACCUAAGAUUUGGUUUAGAACUGGAUAUAUCAAUGGAACUGAUACUACUUAAGCUAUUAUAGACAUUUAGAAUCCCUAAGUUUUCCCUUUAAUACUAGUGAAUAUAUUUCUUCUAUUAAAUGUUUAGUCAUUAACUGCUUAGCAAUUUUGCUUUACAAAAAAAAAAAGUCAAAUGUUUUGGCAAUUUUCUAAUUUUAUAUAUUUAUCAUUUGUAGAUUAAGCCUCAAUAUAAGCAUAAAUAUUAACAUUUCAUAGUCAUUAUUAUAAUUGAAAGACUGCUUAUUAAACCAUAUCUUUAUAGGAUAUUGUCAGCAGUUUGAUUUUAACAUUUGAAUUGUCUGUGAGUGCAAACUGGGUAUAUUUUUCAUUGUUAUAUUUUAGGAUUGUCAAUUAAAAUCUUGACUGUUUUUGGCUUAAUUUUUUUUCUUCUGAAUGAAAAGACCAAUUUGUGUAAUUUAUCAAGUUGAAUAAUAUGAAUUCAACUUAGGCUUUACACAAAACUGUUCCUGUUGUAUAUAACCUUUUGUACAGAUAUGUAACAUAGAGGUGCACUCUUUUUUUUUUUGUUAAUUACAUCACAUUCUUGAGAGAAAAUUGGUAACUGAGAAGAAAGUUUUCUGUUCCUGCUUGUAUAACAAAUAUUGCUGCUCUUCUCAGUUCAAAUAAAUCUAAGCUAUCUUUCAAUCUUU